UUUCCCCAUUUCUCCGCUGAAAAACCGAGGUUUGCUCUCGCCUCUUCUCUGUUACAAUCUCGUUCAAUUCGUCUCCUCUGUUCAUCUCGUUCAUAGAAAAUCAAUACUGAUGUGUUCAGGGAGAGAGUUGUUGUUGUUGAUGGAGCCAUAGUUGAUUGAACACAGAACUGUGUUGAGCGAGAGAGUUCUAUGAUAAGAUUAAGGUUUCAGUGAGAAUCGAUGAUGGAGAUAAAGAUCAUGAGUCUGAGAUUCAGAGAAAUAGAAUGGAAUCAAGGAUAGUUGAUGGUCAUGGUGUCGAUCCAUGUGUUGAUUCAAACUCAACAGAAAGUUUGGAUGAUGUAUAGGGUUUAAUUUCAGUUUCUAUAAUGAAUCAAUUGGGAAUUAGGGUUCAUCCCAAAUUAGUCUUUUUACAGGUAUGUGAUGAAUUUAGUUACUGUAAAUUGUAACAAAGAUGAAGAUUCCAAAACUCAUGCAUAUAGAUGUUGAAUCCAGAAGGAUAUUGACGGGAUGGAAAGCGGUGUUUAUGAUGCAUUACAGAAGAAAUGCCUAAGAACACUUCUGUUCUGCAUAUCUGAAGCUAUUGAAGGACCUAUAAUAGAAGAAUAUGCGUUUUCAUUUAGUUAUUCGAAUUCCAACAGCGAAGAACAAGAAACAAGGAGCAACGUUCAGAUCUAAUGGCAAUGCAGACAUUACACCAAAUAAAAUGAGGAGUUCUGCCUCCAUUAUUCAGAGGUUGCCUAGAAGAAGAAGCUAACCAUCCAUGGUUGAAAACCCCUAUCAAAAUGGAAAUAGGAAAUGCAGCAAACAUAUCGUCCUAGCUCUCAAGGUCAAAAGUAUCCUGGUACCACAUCAAGAUGAAAACAAUGACAUGGAAGAUGAUGAAGCGAUCAGCUUGGGUGUUGAUUCAGUGCCAACAACUGAUCCUCCAAAUCCAGAUAACGAGAUGAGCCAUUCCAUGGAAGAUGAUGGAUACAUUGUAUCUCAUGUAGAUAAAACCAGCUCACGUGAAAACAAUGGCAUGGCUGAUCGUGAAGAUGACAUCCAGGAUAGGAUUGCAGAGCUGGAGGCACUAUUGAGGACUGAUGCGGAGAUCAGGAACAGUCCAUGAAUGGAAGAUGUUGGUGUAUGGAUGGGUGACUGAUAUAUAGGUGCUCGUUUUUUUUGAAUGUAAGGGAAUGGGAUGAUUCUUUUUUUGUUUUCAUGCCAUAUGGGUGGGUGAUUUUUUUAAUAUAAGGGAAUGGGAUGAUAUCUUUUUUUGUUUUCAUGCCAUCAGUUGUGUUCGCUGUUCGCAGCUUGUCAAAAACAUUACACAGGCGUACUUCUGAUGUUUUUAGAACAGUAAAAUAUGCUUUUUACUUGCAUAUAUAUAAGUUUCAAAGCUUUGUAAAACUUCAUUAUAUAUGAAUAUAAGUUCAAUGGAUGUAAGUUUCUAUCUAA